AUGCCAAAACUACUCAACAAGAUAGACAAAACAGUUGCCGCUCUUCAUUAUGGUACAGAUGGAAAACAAAUAUUUAGGACUCAUGGCUCUACACCAAUAUAUAAACUCCCUGAUAACGUCACUGAUCUUGGACAAUUAAAUGAAAUUAUGUAUCAGAAGUAUACUCGUCCAUUAGACCACGCAUUAGCCUCUAUUGGGACAAAUAAAGAUACUAUUGUUCUUAAUAUUAACCAUCUUGCAGCAGAUGGAGGAUAUCUUCAUAAUUUAUUUGAAUUUUUAAAGACAGAUGAAGAUAUCAACUACAUCCCUAGUAUUAUUCCAACAGAAAAAGUAUUUGAAAAAGAAAUUAAUGAAUAUAAUGGAUCUCUUCCAUUGUUCCCAGUUGCAGAUCCAUCGUUAACUCGUGCUAUUCCUCAAGAUCAGUUAAAUUACCAUACAGCAUACGGAAUGUUUACUAAUAACAUAUCAAUUGAUGCAAAAACAUUGAUGACCUCUAAAAUUAACGGAAAGAUCAAAAAUUUGACAGAAUAUUAUUGGGCAAGUGUCAUUUUAUCUGUAUCAGCAUUCAACAACAAGCUUGAAAACACCGGAAUUCCAACAUGCAUUAAUUUAAGACAAUACUUAAAUAAAUCAGAUUUCAACAUUGGAAAUUGUUUCUCUCACGUCAUUGUUUCGACACACGUUACAAAAGAUGAUGAUGUUAAAACAUUGAUGGAUAAUCUCCGUCAAGAUUUCAAUAACAAAUACAAGUUAAGAACUCCAAUUGGAGAAUUGAAAUCACUAAAACAAGGCUCGCUUUUCCAAGCUAGUGUUAAAGGAUUAGUUCCAGAUAUUUCACUCAAUGGAACAUUUAAGAUGGAAAAACCAUUCAAAGACAUGCGAAUUGAUUUAGGAACUAUUGAUGGCUCUAAUGCAUCAAUUCUUUGUUUCAUUGGUUAUUCAAUUGUCAAUGGCAAUCAAAACACAUUGUUUGGAAAGCUCCGUCAUCCAUCUGGUGAUAUCAGUGAUAAUGAAGCUAAAACAUUGCUUUCGUCAUUCCAUUAUGGUCUUCAAAACAUUUCUCCUAAUAUGAAGAUCGGCGAAGUAUUUGACAUGCUUAGAGAUCAUCAGAUGAACUUCAAAAAGAGUUUACAAAAAGAAAUCCAAAUGAUGAUUUAA